AUGGAACCUUCUGAAUCAGAAUCAGUUGGUUCCUCCACCACAACCACCACCAAAGACCCACAAUUGGGUUCUCAGAAUGAACCUUCUUCUCCUUUUCCCAAUCAUCAUCACGAUCCUCAACAAUCAGAGCCAGAUCUCAGUGAAAAUUUGGGGUUGCAGGAUGAAACUCGCGAUGAACUUGGUGCAGAGUUCCACAAGAAGUUGGAUUUGAAGGAUGAGGAUGAAAGGGUAGCUGAAAAUGAGAAGAAAGAUUCGGACUUUGUAGCUGGAGGUGAAGGUGGUUGUGCCCCGGAAACAGGUGAAGCACAAGGGAGUGAUGAUAAUGAUGGUUGGGAUGAUGAUGAGGGUUAUGGCUGGAAUGAGAAUGUGAAAGAGAGUGAGGUUGAUAAGGUAAGUGGAGAUUUUGAUGUUGAUGUUGAUGGUGAUGGUAAUGGUGAUGAUGAAGUUGAAGUUGAAGGUGAUGAAGAAGUGGAGAAGAAGAAAGAUAGAAGCAGCGGUAGAGUUCAGCAGCAAUAUCCACUGAGGCCUGAUGCUGAAGAUUGUGCUUUCUAUCUUAAAACUGGAAAUUGCAAAUUUGGAUUCAAUUGCAAGUUUAAUCACCCACUUGGUAGGAGGAAGAGCCAGGCUGUUAAAGAGAAGGUUGGGGGAGAAAGAGAAGAACCGGCUGAAAAAUCGGGCCAGAUAGAAUGCAAGUAUUAUUUAAGGUCGGGAGGAUGUAAGUUUGGAAAAGCUUGUAAAUUUAACCACACAAGAGGAAAGCCUUCAGCUGCGCCACUUUUGGAGCUUAACUUUCUUGGCCUGCCUAUACGAUUGGGAGAGAAACAAUGUCCCUAUUACAUGCGCACAGGCUCCUGUAAGUUUGGAGCAAAUUGCAAGUUUAAUCAUCCUGAUCCUACUUCUGGUGGUAGAGUUGGGGAUUCUGUUUCAGGAUUUGGUAACGGUAAUUAUGUCCCUCUACAAGGCGCAUCACAACCACCAUCUGGUCCCUCGUGGUCAUCUUCAAAAACAUUAAAUGAUACUACUCCUUUUGUGCCAAUGAUGCUUUCGCCUAGUCAAGCGGUUUCUCCCCGAAGUCCUGAAUGGAACGGAUACCAGGCACCUGUCUAUCUAUCCGAGAGGGGUAUGCACCAACCGCCGGCAUAUGUCAUGAACAACCCAACAAUCGAAACACCUAUGUACAUGCACCAACCAAAGCAGACGCCAAUUGAAGAGUUUCCAGAAAGGCCUGGUGAACCCGAAUGCAGCUACUUCUUAAAAACUGGGGAUUGCAAGUUCAAAUCCAAUUGUAAAUUCCAUCAUCCAAAGAAUCGGGUUGCAAGAAUACCUCCGUGCAACCUCAGUGACAAGGGCCUGCCUCUCAGACCUGACCAGAAUGUAUGCUCCCAUUACAGCCGCUACGGGAUUUGCAAAUUUGGACCAGCUUGUAAGUUUGACCACCCGGUAAUAAACCCAUCUCCCCCAAGUAGUCCUGGACUUGAUCAGCAAACUUCUUAUGCAGACACGCCUAAUGAGAUGACUACGAUGGAGGGAAAUGGAGAUGCCAAUGAUGAGGCAAUUCGGCAGCCUGUUUAGGACUUACUUUGUCAAAGAUCUUUUUGCUUUGAAUAUAUGCAUAUUUUGUAAUUUUCCUUGAAUAUUUAUUGAACUCACCGGUUAUGCUUGCAUCAGCCACAAGCUUUGCUGAUGAUAGCUAUAUAUAUAUGUCGAAUAGAAUCCUUUGUUGACAUUAACUAACAGUGUCAGUAAAUUAUCUUUGUUCUGACAAUCUGGUGUGUUGUGAAAUGUGGCCCCUUUUUUAUAUUAUCUC